GUGACGACCAGUUACGGCGUGUCAUGGAACAGGCUGCCAAAUACAAACUGCAGGGCAGGAAGCAGCGCAUGUCCGUUGCUUCACAAGAUCAGGAACGCGGCUGCUGCUUAUGCGGAACAUCCGAAGUACACGUCGACUGUUGCCGGUACGACACAUGCAGCCUAUCUCCUGACGCCUACCGAUCUUCUUGUACCAGCUGGUCUUGCUGCCUGAAAAAUAUGCGCAAGCACCAUCAGCGUAACCAGGUGUGCUUCGCAGUAUACGCACACGAGGUUACUAUAGCUCAAGACAACGGCUUUCGUAGCAGACAGGUGCCGCCCGAGUGUCAGAUGCGCGAUAUACGCGAGUAG